AUGCCGCCAAAGAAGAAGAAAGGUCCCGGACGACCGCCGAAGAAGAAGAAUAAGACGACCACGACGACGCCGAAGAAGAAGAAAACGUCGACGCCGGAACCACCUUCUUCACCUUUGACGACGAACGAAGAAUUUGAAGACGAACACGUGGGGAAACGCAUCGAAGUGGAAUACGGCACCGGAGGGACCAAACGAUGGUACGUGGGGACGAUUAUCUCCUCGAAACCGGACAAAAAUCUCGCCAUGGUGUUUUACGAGUUCGACAAGCAGCUCGGGAUCAUCGAUUUCCCGAAAUUGAAGAGAGAUACUAGGCUGGUGCCGAAAGCGUCGAGGUGGACGGAGAAGAUGAUGAAAGUUUUGCUGACGAAAGAGUUGAAGAUUAAGAACAAACAAGACAUGGAGAAAGAGUGGAUGAAACAGGAAGGGAAGAGAGUGGAAGAAAGCGAGGACGAGGAGGACGAUUUUGCGGACGAGGACGAGGAUGAUGAUGAUGAUGAUGAUGAGAACGGAGGCGCGAAGAAUGACGUCCCGGAUGAAGUGUACGAGACGCUCUCGACGGACGGCAGAUGGCGUUGGCCGACUUUGAAUGAGCUGUACGAGACGAAAUUGGUCAAAGCAGGGGCGAGGACGGGGAGAGAGGCGUUCGUGCUGACGACAAUUACGUUUAAACAUGCGUAUCGAGAGGAGGAGGAUGGGCCAAUCGCGGAAGCUGGCGCGGCGAUGGUGAGCGUAGGCGCGUGCGUUCGAGUGAAGGAGAAGAAUCGAUUGGUGCGAGUCGACCAGAUCGACGAGAAGAAAGGAACGUUUAAAGGAGUUAGAAUUCUUACUCGAAACGAAUGUAGACACGAGUGGGUCGGGAAAUUCAUCGACGUUUGUCCAAAGCAAGGGUUAAAGCCGAACGAAAUCAAAAGUAUGUCGGACGAAGAGGCGAACGAGUACGAAAUCUUCGUCACCGAGGACGAUUCCGGGUGGAUUGAUAUCGGCGACAUCGUCGAAGUGAUGAAUGCGAGACAUCAUUUGGUGCAACCUCCGAAAAAGAAAUCGUUGGAAGACAACGUGUUUGAAACCAGAGUAGCGACGAUGAAGUUUACGAACACCGGGGCGAGUGGAAGGAGAGAGACGGAGUUGGAGGCGAAGGUUUUCAGGACAAAGAAAGUGACGUGUUUGAGCACAUUUACGAGCGACGAGAAAACUCUCGCGAGCGAAAGAAAGCGAGUGAUGGAUAGCGUCGUAGCGUUAGUCGAAGAAGAGAGCAGCGCGAAGAAGAAGAAAGGUGCCACGAAGAAAACACCGGGGGCGUCGGCGGAGAAGCAGAAGAAGCCGGCGGCAACAUCGGCGAAGAAGAAAGAAGUAGAAGUCAAAAAAGUAGUAGAAGGAAAAGUAGCACGGAAACAGUCGACGCCGGAACCUCCGAGAGAAGAUGAGAAAGAUGCUGUCGAUAAGAAUAAGAAUAAGAGUGCAGAAAAGUCGCCGUCGGCUGUGGGAAUUAUAACUCCUACCACCGCCACCAACGGCGUACCGCCGGAGAAAAAGAAAGGCAUAGAAGUGAUUGAGUUCAUCGUCCCAGAAGAGCAGAAGAAGAAGCAAGAACAGACAGCAAAGAAAAGAGUUCGAGAUAAACAAGAGGAAGAGGAGGAACAAUGGAAGCAAAAGCGAGAGAAGGAUGAAAAGUCUGCUCUCGCUGCGGAGGCAUCCGCCGCCUCAGUAGUUGCUUCCGAGACGAAAACGCCGCAAUACAAACGACCUCUCAUUGGACAAAAAUCAACACCAACGCCUUCCUCGGCCGGAGGAGGUGCGGGCUUUUCAAUACCGAAGCAAAAUGCGGUAGCACCGACGCCACCAGUUGUUUCUAGCUUUCAAUCCGCGACGGCGCCGCCUCCCUUACCGCCGAAUCCAGCCACGGAAAAACUGCGAGAGGCGAUGAAUCAACUCAAAGCGGAGUACGCGAACUGGCCUAACUUUUCAUUCAAGAACGGGAGAAAAUCAAUAUUUCUUUUCGGCCCGAGCAUUUUGUCGCACCCGUUUAAUCCCCAAGCUAAAGCUUGUAAACAAUGCGGGAAAGUUGGUCACUUCCAGAGAGAUUGUCCUUCUUCGAUGAAAUACAACCGCUCCGGCGGCGGCGGCGGCGGAGGAAUGAAGUGUUACAACUGCAACGGUUUCGGCCACAAAUCUGCAGACUGUCCUGCGAGAGGAAUUCGGCAGCAGCAGCAGCAUCGGCAACGAGAGAGAUGGUAG